AUGUCAGACCAUAAUCUCCUACCUAUUUUUGCACAGGUGACAAAUUCGACAAACGUGGAGCUUCCGGCAGAAUACCAUCUAAUCGCCAACAUAUCCAAAAUUUCUGGAGCUCUAUCUCUUCUAAUAUGGUUAUUUGCACAGCUCCCACAGGUUUUGGAAAACCACUUGAACCAAUCUGUUCUGGGGGUAUCCAUAGCAUUCUUGUCUUGUUGGAUAAGUGGAGACGUCACUAAUUUAGUCGGAUGCUUGCUAACAAAAGCUCUUCCAUUCCAAACGUCUUUGGCGGCAUACUAUUGCUUUAUAGACUUCAUCCUCAGUUUACAAUACUGGUACUAUACCAGAGUAUACCCAAAGCAAAAAGUGCAUCAUAAUUUUUUGCAGAGUCCUCGAAUGAUCAAACCAGUCACCUCGCGUGACAGCUCUCAUGGCCAUGGACAUGUAAGACGAAAUAGAUUCGAAGUCCCAAAACAUGACUUGUCGCAUCAAGGCAGGUCCAUAUCGUCCAGCAGAAGCAGGAGAAGAAAGCGGAAAAGCUUUCUUCUGAAGAUAAUUUCCGGCUCCGUAUUGAGUGGUAGUUUUGGGAAGGCAAGUGCAAUGCCCAUGGAUAGUAAUGAGCGGGAUGUUCCUGAACUUUGGAAAGCGUUCUUAUCGUCUAUUGUCCUAUUUUUUAGCUCGUGCAAGGAGCGCAUGCUGCACAUCCAUUAUAAUCCUACCAUCAUUGGCACUAUUUGUGGAUGGACAAGCUCGAUAUUUUAUGUCUCUUCUAGAACCCCACAAAUCAUCAAAAACUACCGAAGCAAAUCUACACAAGGGAUUUCAUAUUUGCUAUUCUUAUUUGCUAUGAUGGGGAACACACUAUACACCACGUCAAUUUUGAGUGACUUGUUCAUUCUUUACAAGUUCGACCAGUAUCUUGGAGAUGUUAAUUUUGAGACGGUUUUUUAUGCCCAGCUUCCAUUUGUUAUUGGCAGCUCUGGAACAGUCUUAUUUGAUUCCAUUAUUUUGUUUCAGUGUUGGUACUACAGACCUUCAAAGCUUCAGAAUGAAAGUAGACAUUAUUUGCAUGACAGUGCUGAUCACUGCCAACAUCUGGAACACUUGAUAAAGCUGAAGCAGUACCCUACCAACGAUCCAUCCUUCCCAGGACGGUCUAACUCUGAAUCCACGCAUUUUACGAAACCGGAUUGGUAUACAAAUGUUUACGGCUCCAUAGAUGAACCAGAUGAUUACAGUCAUCAUGCCUAUUCCGGCAACCAAACUACCGGAGAACAUUCGUAUGUCAAAAAGCAAGGUUCGCAGAACUAUCAUUCACUAAAUGUCUAUCAACAAAACUUCCUGCCCCUCUAUUCGCCAUCUCCUAAAAGAGAGCGAAGUCAACUUAAUAAUGAUAGAGCCUAUACUGAUACGUCACUGCUCUUGAAUCUGGCACUUAUUAUCCCUCCUCCUCCGCAUUAUGUAUCUUGUGGAUCUUCCCAAGGAGCAACUACCAUGAAAAAUAAAACUGGCAUUUCUGGUACUUUUAGUGCUAUUGCCAGGUCCUUCUCGCAGUCUUCAUCGAUGAUAAAAUCACCGACGAUGUCUACAUCAUACAAUAAUUCUGUUGCUGCUUCGCCGAUGCUCAGCACAUCACUUAUUCCUUCUAUUGUGGGGACGUAUUCCUCUGUGUCCAAAAGAAUGGCUAAUGAUUCCAAAUUACCUUUUCUGCCUAGUGAUUUUUUGAAUCUAGAUUUGGCUAAAGGCGGUUCCACGGGCCCUUCGAACGAGCAAUAG